CAACUGCCAACUUGCCUAUUAAGUUGAAAGACCUUCAUAAACAUUUUGUAUUUUAUUAUUUGAUUUAUUUUUCUUUUUUUAUUUGGCCCUUCUUCUAAAAUACGAUAAAGCUUUUCACGCGUAUCGACUGUGUGAACGAAUUGACGAUUAUUAAUGAAUGCUCACUUUCGAUAAAAGCCGUUACAUAAAUUCUUAUUUUUGUUUGGUUUCAAGGCCUCGAGAUUCCAUGCGCAAGUAUUUAUCAUUUGAUAAUUCAGAAUACUCCAUCUAUAUAGUUUAAAACAAGUAUUAUGAAUUCAGAAAAGACACAAGAAAAGAAUGCAAUUGACCAGAUUGUGGACUUAACUAGAUCUUUGAACAGUAAAAAUGACUCCAGUUCUUUGCUUACGAAGCUUCAAAAUUCCGUUGGGAAUCAGGACGUCUUGGAGACACUAUUGAGUCUGUUAGGUGAUAUAGUUUCUUUUGACCCGGAUACGCCAGUCAGCGUUACUUCAAUAAGGUGUUUGCAACUCUCUAUUCACUUGGUAUUUCUAUUAGGCAUUUAUACUCAAAUCCCCAAGGAGUUACUUGCUCCUGCAAAGGUAAAAGCCGUUCCCCCGUUUUCCCCCAAAACAAGUGUCCUUACCGUAUUUAAGUUUCUAGUUCCUGCUCUUCUUAAACCAAAUUUGCUUCAAGGUCCAGUAAGCCUUCAUUAUGCAGAUCUACUGAUGGUAUAUCUUUACCUAAAAAAUAUAUAUGGGGAUGAUUUUAGAAACGAGGAUUUUGGGGUUAGUAAAGAUUCCCUUGUUCGCAUCAUGUCUCCAGAUUUCGUUGAUCCCGCGAAAAUGAUUUCUGCAUGUUUGCAAUUACUACAACCAAAGAUCCCUGCUUGGAUGAGAGGACAACUCAAUCAGUACCUGACAACUAGCUUAUGUAAAGCUAACGGCGUUGAAGGAUUUCUGAAAGUCUUUAUGCAAGCAAAUCCUAAUUCAAUUGAGCGAGCUCAACAAGCCGCCCGUCUGAUCUCAUCAGUACCAAAAAAUAUGACAGAACAGGAUUAUUUGAACCUAAUAUUUCCCCAAAUUUGGAGCUUAUUCUUUAGUUUACCACGACUUGCUUGCCAAAUUACCAUCGCACUUUUAGCAUCACAUAGGCAUUUGGCUACGGAGUUUUUUUAUAAACAACUUUCUUCUUUAAGCUCUCCAACAGUUAUUGACCUAACCCCUGUUGAAAACUGCUUAAAGGUUCUGGAUGCUUUUGCUUCUAUUGGAAACGAAGAUAUGCUUAAAAUAGCAGAAAGAUUUGUUCCUUCAUUACUUCAAUUACAAUCUAACAAUACUCUUAAAAAGCAAGCUCAGGAAAGUCUGCUUACAAUUAUUUCAAGAGCAGGAACCAAGCCUCUACUACAAUCUUUAGAAUCCAUUCAUCAUUUAGGUUCUUUUUGUCAUUUGCUUUCCAAUACUCAACUUGCUCAAUUUUUACCCCAAUUACUUGAAUUAUGGGUCAGGCAACCUUCAGAGCAUCGAUUAGAGUUACUUGAUGUUGUACAAUAUGCCCUUACAAAAGUUGACACAGAUGAAAUUCCGAGUGAACUCAUGAUUUCAGUUUGCAGUGAUUUGAUCAGUGAGGUUACAGAAAACUUGAACAACUCUGAAUCACUUCUCGAAAUAUCUUCAAAGAAAGAUGUUAUUGAAGAAAGUGAGGAAAUUUUGCUUAUUUUAUUACAUCUUUUGUCUUCCGUUAUUGGAAGAAACCGAGAAUUGGGUCUUGAAAACUCAGUUCCACUUCUUCUCUCCCCUUUGAGACAACUAGCAGCUUACCCCAAUCAAGUUAUUUCAACGUUAGCGAAUGAUGUUUAUAAAACAUUAGUAAUGGGUAGUGAUGACUAUUCAUCUGCUCUAUCAUAUAUCCAUAAUGAUCAAGUUCCAGUUCGUGGUCAAGGAAUCUAUAUGCUUCGAAAGUUGAUUGAAGCCAAAGAUAAGAGAAUUAAUCCUCUUCGGAUACUACACACUCUUCUUGGACUUCUGACAGACGAAGAUAGCUAUGUGCAUUUGAAUGUUAUUGCUGCUUUAGUAUCUCUUUGUGACAAGUAUGGAGAUAUGAUGAUACAACUCUUAACUGAGUAUACAAAGGUAGAAAAGUACUCAACCGAUGAAACAUUAUUGAUUGGGCAAGCUAUAUAUCAAAGCAUGGAGCGAUUGGGUGAACUGACUUCAAAGUAUUAUGGACAAAUAGAACAAACAUGUUUAGUUCUGUUGAACGCUGUGGUUAUAGAUGUCAAAAUAUCUGCUUUAAAUAUCGCUGAAUUACUAUGUCGUUAUUCAUUGAGUGAUGCUUUUAUUGAAUCAGCCACAGCUAUUUUGAAUCUAGAAAAGACAGAGGAUAAGAAGUUUCUGCGGAGAGCCGCUCUUCAAGUUCUUGAUUCGUCUUCUCAUUUGCCGAAAUCUGUAACCAUAACUUUGGAGUAUUUAAGUGUUCAUGAUGAAGAUGAAUUUAUUCGUGAGCAAUGCUCUCGACUGGUUAAUAAAAACGCCGAGGAAAAUAGGUUCUUUUUGGAAUGAUACAGACAUGUUACGAUUAUUUAUAUCAUGAACAUAGAGGUCUUUUUUUGAAAAUUUGUUGAAUUUCAUUAGAAACAAUCAUUAAAAAUAAAAAAUAGUAUAUGCUUUCGUUAACUUAAUAUACCUCGAAAAAAGCACUGUCAAAAUUAUAGUUUUAAAGAAACUUUAGCAUAAACAAUCCUACAA